ACUGUCAAAUUGGCACUGCCAGAUUUCGUGUUAAACUGUAACAUAUAACCUAAAAGGAAAACCCUUUGUGAGUUGUGGAAAAAGGACCAUGCCAGUCAUCAAAUUGCAGUCCUCCGAUGGCGAAAUCUUCGAAACCGACAUCGAGACUGCGAAGUGCUCGAGCACCAUUAAGACCCUGCUGGAGGAUUGUCCAGUGGAGGCGGAGAGCGACACUCUUAUCCCGCUGCCCAAUGUGAACUCGACGAUCCUGAAGAAGAUACUCAUUUGGGCCAAGCACCAUCGCGAGGACGAUGCUGAGGAGAACGAAGAGGAAGCGGACAAAUCCGUCGCAAUGCAGAUCACCCCCUGGGACGCCGAGUUCCUGACCAUGGAUCAGGGCACGCUCUUCGAACUCAUCCUGGCGGCCAACUACCUGGACAUCCCCAAUCUGCUGAACGCCGCCUGCAUGACGGUGGCCAACAUGAUCAAGGGCCGCACGGCGGAGGAGAUUCGCCAGACCUUCCACAUAACCAACGAUUUCUCGCCCUCCGAGGAGGAUUUGCAGACCGUGGAGGCGGAGGUCCCGCAGGAGGACGAGGCGACAGUGUACGGCGACAUAUAAAUUAGGAGUAAAUGUGUCUUAAUAACUUUUUCGAAGGAUGCAUGCCUGUUCCGGAUUAGAAUAGAUUAACUAAUAAUCGCUUAUGCUCACAAAAAUAGAAAUUAAAUCGGGCUUAACCUAUUGG